AUGGCCACCUUCCUUCGAAGGCCUGGCAACCUUGCUCGAUUCUCGAGGAGAGCCACAGAAUCCAUCAGUCGCACACCGGUAUCUGCCCGGGUGCCUUCCUCGCCGCUUUCCUCCUUUAUUACAUCUCACCGUGCUCGAACUUUUGCUACCAGCGGCCCCGGUGGCCCUAACGACAAGUCCCGGAAUACCCAGCCAAGUAACAGCGGGCCAGAGAACAAUGGCCGCAAAGACGAGGAGCCGAAGAAGCCGGAGUCGGUCCUAAAUGAGGAGGACCAGAAGAAUCUGGAUGCUUUUGUCAAGCACGUAGAGUCGCGUUUACCUCAAUCACAACAUGCCACCCUUCAUGAAAUGCGAAGACAAUUGAUGCGGGAUGGAUUACCGGCCGACGUGAAGGUUUUCAUUGACAGACAUCGCGAGGCUUCGUUGAUGGACUAUCUUCGGAUGGUUCGAUUUUUACUGAAGUAUACCAAUGAACAAGCCGGAAAAGAAGCCAAUGAAGAAGUUGCUCGCAUGAUGAACAAAUCGCCCGAGGAGUUCAAGAAGGAGCGCGAGGAGCUGGAAAAGAAGCAGUCGGGAUCGGAGGCCGAGAAGGGCAAGGAGGAACCCGACCAGGAAAAGAAAAAGGAGAAGGAACAACAGCAGAAGAAGAAAGCUGGACAACCUCCCGCGGGAAAAGUGUUUGAGUUCCGAUUCGAUCCCGCCGCCUUCGCCGUCACCGCACUUGUCACAUACUAUAUCUACCGCAGCUUCUUCCCCGGUGAGAGCAGUGGUCGUGAAAUCACUUGGCAGGAAUUCCGCGCCAACUUCCUCGACAAGGGCAUUGUUGAGAAGUUGACCGUGCUCAACCACAGCAGAGUUCGCGUUGACCCCAACCGCGAUGCCUUGGCUCAGAUGAACCCCGAUUCGAAUGGAAACCCCGGCCCCGUAUAUUUCAGCAUUGGAUCUGUCGACAGCUUCGAGAUGAAGCUGGAGCAGGCUCAGUAUGAACUUGGUAUUGCGUCCCACGAACGUAUCCCGGUCGCUUAUGUGGAUGAGGUCUCGUGGGGCAGUGCUCUCAUGACCUUCGCUCCUACUUUGCUCUUGUUCGCUGGUAUCUACUGGUUCUCUCGGCGCGCCGGCGGUGGUGCUGGUGGCCAGAGUGGAAUCUUUGGUAUUGGUAAGAGCCGCGCAAAGAAGUUCAACCAGGAGACCGAUGUCAAGAUUAAGUUCGCCGAUGUUGCUGGUAUGGACGAGGCCAAGGUUGAGAUUAUGGAAUUCGUCAGCUUCCUCCAGCAGCCUGAGCGCUUCCAGAGACUUGGUGCUAAGAUCCCCCGCGGUGCUAUUCUGUCUGGUCCCCCCGGUACUGGUAAGACCCUGCUUGCCAAGGCCACUGCUGGUGAAUCCGGCGUGCCUUUCUUCAGUGUCAGUGGUUCUGAAUUCGUCGAAAUGUUCGUUGGUGUCGGUCCCUCCCGUGUCCGUGACUUGUUCGCCAAUGCCCGGAAGAACACCCCUUGUAUCAUCUUCAUUGAUGAGAUCGACGCAAUUGGCAAGUCCCGUGCGAAGCAGAACUUUGGUGGCGGUAACGACGAGCGUGAGAGUACUCUGAACCAGAUCCUUACUGAGAUGGACGGUUUCAACACUUCCGAGCAGGUCGUCGUCCUGGCCGGUACCAAUCGACCUGAUGUUCUUGACAAGGCUCUUAUGCGUCCCGGGCGAUUCGACCGACACAUUGGAAUUGACCGUCCCACUAUGGAUGGCCGCAAGCAGAUCUUCCGUGUUCACUUGAAGAAGAUUGUUACCGAUGAGAACAUGGAGUACCUGGAAGGCAGACUCGCUGCUCUGACCCCUGGCUUUGCCGGUGCUGAUAUCGCUAACUGCGUGAAUGAGGCCGCCCUCGUUGCUGCUCGUGAAAACGCGGAUAAGGUUGUUAUGAAGCACUUUGAACAGGCUAUUGAACGUGUUGUUGGUGGUCUUGAGAAGAAGUCUCUUGUGCUGUCACCUCAGGAGAAGCGCACUGUCGCUUACCACGAGGCCGGCCACGCCGUCUGUGGCUGGUACUUCCAGCACGCUGAUCCCCUCCUCAAGGUUUCCAUCAUCCCCCGUGGCCAAGGUGCUCUUGGUUACGCCCAGUACCUUCCCGCUGGUGGAGAUACCUACCUGAUGAACACUAACCAAAUCAUGGACCGCAUGGCCAUGACUCUCGGUGGUCGUGUCAGUGAGGAGCUUCACUUUGACACCGUGACUAGCGGUGCCAGUGAUGACUUCAACAAGGUCACCCGCUUGGCUACCGCUAUGGUGACCAAGUUUGGUAUGUCGAAGAAGAUUGGAUACGUCUACUAUGAGGAAGAGGGCCAGCAGCAACUCACCAAGCCCUUCUCGGAGGACACUGCCCGCAACAUUGACCUCGAAGUGCGUCGCAUCGUCGAUGAUGCCUACAAGCAGUGCAAAGACCUUCUUACCGAAAAGAAGACGGAGGUUGGCAUUAUCGCUGAAGAGCUCCUGUCCAAGGAGGUCCUUGGCCGUGAUGAUAUGAUCCGCCUUCUUGGACCCCGUGAAUGGCCCGAAUCUGGCGAGUUUGCGAAGUACUUCGAUGGUACUAAUGGUCAGACCUUUGCACCACCAGAGCCUCCUCAGAACCCAGAGGAGACUGUGGGCAAGGACGGCCGUGACCAAACUCCUCUCCCUUGA